AUGUCUGAAGGCCAGGCUCCAGUCGGCGCCAGCUUUCCGCGCGAGAUUUUCAACGAGAUAAUCUGGCACUUCGUGGAGUCUUCUGAUACCAAAGAUGCCCUUGCCCUUCGUCAGGUUUGCUAUGCCUUCAAAAACGAAACCACCAAACUCAUCUGCUCCCGUCUCGUCAAUGAGCCAGAUUUCUACAAAACCGUAUGGCGGCACUUCUCAGUCGAGAUGAAAACACGAGUCCUGGAUGAACUUCGUACCGGGCUCGCUUACCCGGCAACCAUUUACAGAGGCACCAUGCAGGAGAUGCUGAAACUCGUCCAACCUGACGAUCGAGAGGCUACCGCGCUGAAGCUUGUGGAAGCUAUUGCACAUAGUGACUGGCGCAGGGAAGGCAUCAAUGCACUCCUUGUUUCCCGCGCGCUCGUCGAUACCGAGACCAAUCUAGCUCCUCGUACUCGUGCUCAUAUGCAUCCGUGGCUUAAAAUAUCUCAGGAUGAGCCAGCUGACGUGACGCUGCGAACGCUUCUUGCGUUCCAUGCCCUGAGGCGCCAGAAUGUUACAGAGUUUGCCGGUGUGCUUGCAAACUGUACCAAGCGAGACGUAUUUCGGACAGACCUAUUUGGAAUUGACCUGUUCAACACCGCACUGACAACAGGAAGCAUUGAGAUUGCCAAUGAGUUGCUCCGUUUCAUGACGCCCGGUCGCUUGAGGGACUUGGACCCGGACUAUUCUGGAUGGAAUCACGAAGCUAUCAUUCGCAAAGGAAAUACAUCAAUUCUUGGUGUCUUUCUCAUGUUCGCCGAGGCCGCGUCAGAGGAAUGUGGAAAAUCAGCGUUGUACACCGCGUUCAAAGACGCCGCAGCCUUGAGCAAGCCCGACAUGGCGCAGUGGAUUUUGGAUCACUGCAACGUCGACAAAUACGACCGCAAGGCCCUCCUGACUGAAGGAUUCAACGCUGCAAUUAUGGCAAAAUCCGUGAUCUUCGCGAAGUUCAUCAUUACAUGUGAUGGCUUCGACGUCAACCAAGUUGGGGACGGCCUCUAUGACAGUCCCCUUGGUAAGGUGCUGCGUCUUACGAGCAGGCGAUGGCAGCCGGGGCAAUGCAUUCAACUUGUCAAGCUGCUCCUUGACCGCGGCGCGAACCCAAACGUAACCAAACAAAAAGAAACCCCCCUCUCACUGGCUAUCAGCGCCAACGAUCUCGACGCCAUCUCACUCCUGCUCGACCACGGCGCAGGCAUUGUUCCAAACGCGCCCCCGAAACCCCCGAAAGACAACUUGGAGUUCUACCUCGUCCUCUAUACCGCCGUCUUAUUUGGUAACAGCGGCGUUGUCAAACUCUUGCUCGAGAAAGGUGUUAGCCCCGUUGUUCAAACCUCGUCAACCGGGAAGGGGUUCCGCGUUGAGCUGCUUCCCUCGGAGACUACUGUUUCGUUCUUGGAGGUCUGGACGAUUGGUGAUUUUCUGGAACGAAAGGAAAUAUCCAUUCGGAACAUGCCAUGGAAUUGUGAAGAUGAGCAGCGGUUGACUACACUACGCUUGAUGACUGGCGUCAGAGACAAGUAUGGCCUCAGAAAGGCUUUCAAUACAGAGCGGAUUCGUGAUGCUCGGGUUCGUUACACCGUGAAGCGGCUUUGA